AUGAGUAUCUCAGCCACUCAAGCCGUCAUGGACAAAGUCCAAGAAGCUUCCGGUGCAAUGCGACCACCCGCCGACGUCGCGGCUGACUUGGAGGACGCGCUCAACUCCAUCGCGCUGGGCAACAACAACGCCGAUCCAGGGGACCCGGAAAUCAUCCCUUUUCGAAACAAGAGUCCUCCUGUGACACCUCAAAAGACCAUGCCAAUCAGUAUGCGCGAAGACGGGACUUUCGCCGAGCCGGAGAGUGAAAGAGGAAGACCAGAUGUCAAGGGCAGUGCCAUCCUGUCGACCACGGCGGCCAAGAGGAAGAAGAAGAAAAACAAGGCCAAAGCGGCUCAGGCGGCCCAAGCACUGAAUACUGUCAGAGGUUUCACUCCGGCCGAUUCGGGAGCUGAAGACUCGGAUGUGUCACGCAACAGCCCCCGGGUGCUGUCACCGAUUCCUCGUUUGCCUGCGUUGGCCGGUGCGAGCCCCGGUUUGAGGCCUCAGUCGCCGGGGAUCAGUAGCUUAAAAGCUCAGCUUGACGCACUGAAUUCUCGCAGUCAAAGUCGUUCCAACUCGCGAGCUCGCAAUCCCGUGGACUCCGAGGUCAACAGCAGCGCCGCCAGCGCGACGUCCGACACCCAAGGAGAGGAGCCGCACGAAGACAUGGUCAGCUAUCACGUCCAGAUCGAUCAAGACUUCGUCAGUCAGUCGCUGGCGGACACUGAAGUCGUUUCGGCGGCUUCCACCGCGACCCUGGAUGCCGAUCAACGUGCGACAUCGAUGAUUGUCCGCAAGAUGACGGCCGCGGACUUCACCCCCAUCCGCUGCCUUGGAGAUGGAGCCUUUGGAACGGUGCUCCUCGUCCGACAGAAUGCCACGGGCCGCUUGUUUGCGCAGAAGCAGCUCACGAAGGCGUUCCUCAAGGUCCACAAGAAGCGGAUCGAGUCGACCAUGUCCGAGCGAAGCAUUCUCGAAUUGGUCAAUCGGCACCCCUUCAUUGUCAAUCUCUACUAUGCGUUCCAGGAUCACGAGAAGUUGUACUUGAUUCUUGAGUAUGCCUCAGGUGGGGAGUUGUUUCGUCACCUGGAACUGGAAAAGUUCUUCUCCGAAGAGGUGGCUGCAUUUUACAUUGCGGAGAUUGUUUUGGCUUUAGACUAUCUUCACAACACGGUCGGCGUCAUCUAUCGUGAUCUCAAGCCCGAAAACUGCUUGCUGAACGCGGAGGGCCAUCUGCUUUUGACCGAUUUCGGUCUGAGCAAGGUUGCCGUUCAGGAUCCGAGCACACCGGGAGGGAGUCGUUGCAACAGCCUGGGUGUGGGGACCAUUGAAUACAUGGCUCCCGAGAUCAUCAGAGGCAGUGAUGAGUCUGACUGGGGUCCAGGAUAUGGCAAAGCGUGCGACUGGUGGUCCUUGGGGGCGAUGGCCUGCGAUCUCAUGACGGGCAAACCUCCCUUUGGCGGAGGUAGUUGGACCAAGAUUCAGCAGAACAUCAUGUACCAGAAGCUGAGCCUCCCGUAUUUCUUGUCACCCGAUGCCAAAGACCUUCUCACGCGAUUGUUGCGCAAGGAGCCUAAGAAGCGACUUGGAGUGGGUCCCAACGACAUCAACAUCAUCAAGAAGCACCGGUUUUUCAGGAAGAUCGACUGGAAGAAGCUGGAGGCGAGGGAGCUCGAACCGCCCAUCAAGCCCCUUGUCACCAACCCUGAACUGGCCGAGAACUUUGCCAAAGAAUUCACCGACCGAGCGAUCGACACUCUGGCGCGGAGACACAGCCGGACACUGAGCAAGUCUGAUCCCUUUGGGGGUUUCAGCUACGUUGCGAGCAGCAGCUUGCUUGAAGAAUCAAUGCUUUUGGAAUUGGAUGAAGCUAUCAUCGACGAAGACGUUUAG